AUGAAGGCGUGUGUAUUUCUCGCGUUGUUUCUAGUACUGGCUCUUGCCACCGUAGCGCAUUGCUCUGAAACUCACGAAAACCCUAGUGUCCAUAACUUGAUGAAGCGACAGAUUAGAUCAGGUUGCGCUCUUUGGGAAUGCAGUUCAAAUUGCAGGCGACGCGGCUAUAGCGGCGGCUACUGUGCAUUUACAGGAUGUCGAUGUUAU